AUGGAAAUAAAAUUGAAUACAAAAUUUGAUGAAAUUUUAUUAAUUGUUUGUGAUAAGCAUGUGAUAGAAAAUCACGAAAAAUUUUUCGUCGACAAAUAUGAGAACGUGAUGUGUGUAGAAUGUUUAUAUAAAUUUCUUUUUAAAAAAUAUCCUUUAUAUAAAAAAUAUUUAUUAUUUAAGAGUAUAAAUAACUUAUUUUGUAUAAAAGAGUGUGAAGAAUUUCGUUAUCAUUUUUCUUUUUAUUUAUUGGACCACACUUUAUUUCUAUCAGAAACUUUUAGUUAUAUAGAAGGAAUAUCGCAAUGCGAAGAGAAAAAGGAAGAAAAAAAAAUAUAUUCCUCUAAUUAUAAUAAUGAAAAUAUUAAAAAUAAUAAUAAUAAUAAUAAUAGUAUUUAUUAUAAUGAUGAUGAUGAUUAUUAUUAUGAUUAUAAUUAUAUAUAUUUAGUGAAUAGCGAAUUAAUUAAGUUAACUACUAAUGCAUGCAAAGAAUUUUUAUAUAAAUGUUCUAAAGAAUUAUGUAAUAUUUUUAAAGAUGCUAUUUAUACUUGUGUACUUGUUCGAUUAAAAAACUUUUCUUCAAGGAAUAAAAAAAGAAAUUUUUUUUUUCUUUUAGAUUUUCUGAAGAGUUUAAUAGAUAAUGUCGAAAUUAUAUUUAUAACUUUAAAAGAUGAAUCAACCAUUAUUGAAGAAUUAAUGAAAUUAUUUAUACAAAACGAUGAAAUGAUUAAUUCUAAAUUAAGCAAUAAUAAUUAUGGUUAUAUAUAUGAAUAUACUGGUUAUACAAAUAAAUGUAUUGAAAAAAAAAAACAAAACAAUAAUCAACACUACAAUAGUGAGUUGUUAUUAAAUUUACAAAUUAUAUAUAAACUAUGGCAUGACAAUUUAUUAUGGCAAAUUAAUAAUAAUUUAUUAAAAAGAUUUUUUAUAUAUUUAAUAACAAAAUUUAAAUAUACUAACAAAAACACAGAUUUAUGUACUUAUUAUAUACAAUUCAUAUAUUUAAUAACAUUACAAUAUAAUGUUUUGAAUUAUUUUUUUCACCACAUUAUUUUUGAUUCCUCACCAAAUAGUAAUAUUAAAACUUUCAAUAUUGAAAAUAAUAAUCGUAAUAAAAGUAAAAGUAGUAACAAAAGUAAAUGUAGUAACAAAAGUAAAAGUAGUAACAAAAGUAAAAGUAGUAACAAAAGUAAAAGUAGUAACAAAAGUAAAAGUAGUAACAAAAGUAAAUGUAGUAACAAAAGUAAAAGUAGUAACAAAAGUAAAUGUAGUUACAAAAGUAAAAGUAGUAGUAGUAACAAUAAUUUGUAUAGUGUCAUUAUUGAAAGUAACCACAUUAAUAAUUCUAACACCAACAGUAGUAAUAAUAAUAGUGUAGAACAUAAUUCUAAUUGUUUUCAUACAAGCAGUACAUGUAUUACAAAAAUUAAAACAAAAAAUACAUUAGUCCCUAACCUAUUGUCAAUAUAUAAUAGUGAACAAGAAAAUAAAAAAAAUGAAUUUGCUAAAGAACAAAAGAAAAUUAACAGAUGCUUCCAGACUAAUAUCUAUCCUGAAGAUAUUGAGGAUAACCAGGAUGUUAAGGAUGAAAAUAGCAUUCAAGAGAAUGAAGAAAAAUAUAAACAAAUUUGUGAAGUAAAUAAAACUCCAAAUGAAUAUAUGCAUAGACAUGUAAAGAAAAAUUUUUAUUAUCAUGAUAAAGAGGAAUAUAAUUCACCUACUAGUAAUAAUAGUAGUAUAAAAAGUAAUAUAUUCUUUAUACCAAAACAUGAUUUAAUAUACUCAGAUGAUGAAAAAAAUGUUACACAGUAUCCAUUAGAAAAAGACGAUAUUUGUCAUCUAGGAGAAUAUGAAAUGGAAAGUGUAUUAUAUAAUAAUGAUAAUAUGUCAAUUAGAUCAGAAGGUACACUUAAGAACAAAUUUUCAUCGCACGAAAAAUUUUUAGAUGUAUCAAAAUUUUCAACCGAAUCUAAAUGUACAAAUUUGUCAAGGCUUUCAAACCAUUUUUCCUUUACAAAAAAUUCUGUAUUAAAAGAGAAAGACAAUUUUGUUUUUUCAAAUUGUGAUAAUACAAAUGAUAAUGUAUCUUGUGUCGAAUCUUCACACACAUCUUAUUCGAUAUCCAAUAUUGAUGAAAAAAAAAAAAAAAAAAAAAAAAAAAAAAUGAAUUUCAAUAAAUUAGAAAUUUUAGAAAAUUCACACAUUUUUAUUAUAUUAUGUGAUAAUUUACAAGAAACGUUAUUAAACCAUUUUAAUAGUGAUAUACAGAUGAAAUGUUUAGAUAUAUUUUAUACAUUUUGUAGUUUUGAUGAUAAUAUUGUUAAUAUUAUAUUAACAAAUACAUCAUUAGUAGAAUGGGUAUUUGAUUAUAUAUCAAAUACGAAAUAUGAAAAUUUAAGAGAAAAGGCAUUAAAACUUUUAGUUACUUUUUUUUUUAAUAAUACACUUUUUUCAAAUACCCAUACACAUUAUGCAAUAGAUGUUUUAAUAAAUAUUAUUAUGAGAUAUGUAAGUAAAGAUAAUAUUAUGUUGAGUAAUAAGGUCAUAUAUAAUAAUGAUAUGAAUAAUAAGUUAGUCCAUAAACAAUUUAUGAACAAUAAUUUUAAAAAUACAGUUUAUAACAAUAAUUCGUAUGAUCAUUAUUCCAAUAAAUUUAAGUAUAAUUUUUUCACCAUAUCUUAUAUUAUUAAAGCAUUAAAUAUGCUUAUAAAUAUUUCACAUGCAUCCAUAAAAAUUUCUCACAUUUUUAAAAUUAUAAAUAUAUUUUCCUGUCUUAUAAAAUCACCUAGUUGUGCUCCAACCAGUAUUGAUGAUAUUAUCUUAUUGUUCGAAUCCAUUUUACUAAAAAAUAAUAAUAAUUAUGAAAUUUCAUAUGGUGAUAAAUUAGAAGAAAGUAUAUGUACACAAGAAGAUGACAGUAUAUUUUGUAAAUUAAAAAGUAAAGAAAAAAAUGAACAAGUAAAUAAAAUAUUACAUAUGAAUGAAGAAUGUAACAUAUAUAUAAAUACAAAUACAAAUACAAAUACAUUUAAUGGUACACAAAAAAUAAAACAUGACAAUUUUUUACAUAAAAAAAAAAAAAAUAUAACUAUAAAAAAAAAUAAUAUAUAUAAAAGUGAUUAUAAGGUCAAUAAUAAUGAUAAGGGAGACACGGUUGCACUAACUUUGGAAAAUACUUUAUUAAAUGAUAUUAUUAAUAAAGUAUAUAUAACGAAUAUUUUUAUAUUAUUUAAAAUUUUAAAAACUGCUUUAAAUAUUAUAAAAACGGUUAAUAUAUACAAGAAAGAUAUAUAUAUAGAAAUAAUAUAUAAUGAAGACAAAAAUUAUAUACAAAAUAUAACAAUAAGUAUUAUGAAAUUAUUGUUCUGCUUAGUUUAUAUAUUAAAUAGAAAUGAAGAAUUUUUUAUAGAUUUAAAUAUUAUCAAUGAAAAUGACAAAUUAGACAAUGAAAAUAAUUUUGAAAGUAUAGCAUUCAUAAAAUUAAUGUUAUCUUUUUUUAUAGAAUUAGAUAUAUUUAUGGAAAAUAUAUAUCUACAAAAUAGCAACAUAAUUAAUCAAGAGAAGAAAUUAUAUAAUAUUCAAUUUUCAUAUCUUACGUGUAUAUUUAUUAUUCAUAAUAUAUAUGAAAAAAGACAAAUAUUCAAUAAUGUCAGUUGGAAUAUUUUAUUCUCUUCUUUUUUUAAUCAUUUCUAUAACUUGUUAGCUAGAGUAUUAUAUCAUGUAGAUCAUAUAACUGAAACAUAUUUAAAUGGAUGUGAACAAAUAAAUAAAAGUGAAAAUUUUAUUAAUAUAGAUAAUCGAAAUAAUGGAACAAUUAUUAUGUCCAUGUCUCCGAAACGUGAUGGAUCCAAAGAGGAUGAACAAAAAAGAGAAAAAAUAAAUAACCAUCAUAAUAAUGAUAAUAAUAAUAAUAAUAAUAAUAUUAGUAUUAAUGAACAACAUAAAUUAAUUGUAGACAAAUUUUUUAUGUAUAAAAAAAGAAUGAGAAAAGAACUGUUAAGUAAUAGGCCCUUUACACUAUUCUUUCAAUAUGUUUCAAGAAAAAAUUACAGCGAAGAAUGCCACCGAAUUUUAAAACUUUUAAUUGAUGAAGAAGAAACUAUCAUCCAUCAGAGAGAUGAUUUAAAAGACAUUUUAAUAGAUAUAAUAAAAAAAAACGAUUUUUAUUUUUCUAAAGUUCUAUUAUUCAAUUUUAAUGAUAAUGAAGUUAUUAUCGAAACCGUUAUAUAUAUAUUUUAUUUAAGUUUAAAAUAUGAUAAAGGUUUUCUUGAAAAGAAAUUAAAUAAAAGUAAAAAGAUUAAUUAUGUACAACAUUUAUUUGUCACUAAUAAUUAUAACAACAAUAUUAAUCCAUUAUUUAUAUUUAUGUCUUUAACUUAUUCUUAUUAUUUUAUAAAAAAGGAUAAAAUUUAUAUAGCAUUCCAACAUAUUCAAAAUCAAUUAUUUAAAAUAAAUUUAUAUUUAUGGAAAGAUAUAAAAAAAUUAAAAAAUAUAUAUUUAGCAUUCGAUUGCAUUUUUUCAUUAAAAGUUAAUAAUAAUAAUUAUAAUCAUUUCUUUCCUUUUAUAAUAUAUAUUAUAAAAUUAGAAUUAUCUUUAUAUGCCUCUGGGGAAAUAAGUGAGGUUGAUAAUAAAUUAUAUUUGUCCAUAUCAAAAAAUAGGGAACUUGUAAAUAUGAUCUUUGAACAUAUCGAAAUGGACAACAUAUUAAGUGAUCAAAUCAUUUAUAUAUAUUAUUUAAUAAUAAAAUUAAGAAAAUACUCUGUAGCUUCUUGUAAUAAAAGUAUUAGUUUGUACAAAAUGAUGAACACAGUAAUUAGAUAUAUGAAUACAGUAGAAAAUAAAACAGACGAAAUUAAUAAUAUAUUUUCUUUUUUUUUCCUCUUUUUUGAAAAUUUGGAAAAAUAUUCAGAAAAAGAUAUAUUUAAUAUAAUAACAUUACUCCAGAAACUUUCGUUAUAUGUAAAAUAUUCCCUAGAAAAAUUUUUUUCUACCCAAAAAAUAUAUGACAAUAAUGAUAAUAAUAGUAAUGAUAAUAAUAACAAUUGUUAUAGUAUAAAUGAUGAAAAUAAAAUGCAGUGUUCAAAUAAUAAUAAUAAUAAUAAUAAUAAUAAUGACUUUAUUUAUAAUAUUCUAAAAUUUGAAAAUUCCUUUUUUUAUUUCUUAUUAAAUCUAAUAUUUUAUUGUAGAAAAUAUAACCAAAUACAAAAUAUUAAUGUUUUAUCCUCAUCUAUUUCGUUAAUACAUCUUUUAAUAUAUUCUAUUAAAAAUACUAAUACUCAUUUUAGGAGUUUAUCCUUUUAUAUUUUAUCGUUAUUAAUUUUACCUUUUCCUAAAUCUCCACAAAAUACAUCACCACUCUUAAUUAAACUUUGUACAUCUUUUGAUAAAAAUAUUGAAGAAAUAUUAUCAUUACAUAAUAACACAUCAAAUACAAAUCAAGAAAAUAAAUCAGACAAAUGUAUUGUUAGAAAAAAUUUAUUUUAUCCUUUAUUAACUCAUGAAAGUAUGGAAAUCAGACUUUCUUCUUUAUCCUUGUUAUUAUGUUUAUUGCUAACAAAUGAAGUUGUUUUAUUGGAAGAGGAGGUUUUUCUUUUUUUUCUUUUCUUAAUUAAUUGUUCAUUUUUAAGUGAAUGGGAUAAUAUACAAAAUGAUUUAUUAUUAGCGACCAUCAAUGUCUUACUACUAUCAACAAAUAUAAAUUUAAAAGUUAAAUCAUUUUGCUUUAACUAUAUCUAUUCGUUUAGACCAUUUUUUCUGAGGUGUAUUUUACAUUUGAAUAGGAAACAGGAAGUUAUUAUUCACCGGUUAUUUUUUUUAUUAAUGGUUGUCAAAAUUAAACCUUUAUGGUUUGAUAUAACUACUUGUAGUGAGAAGAUUCUGAAAAUUAUAAUGAAUGUGGUAACUAGAAAAAAUAUGGACCUCUUUAUAUUUAAUUGUAUUAUAUCGGUUGCUCAUGAGACCUUUAUAAAAGAAAAAAAGAACUAUGUGAACAAUAAUUAUAACAAUUAUACUAAUAAGGAAAAUAAAAAUGUUAUAGAAAACCUAGAAGAAUAUUUGGAAACAUAUAAAAAAAAUAUUAAAAAAAAUUCAGAUAUGGAUAUUUAUAAUAUUUCAAGUUUUAAUAAGUUUAAAUGUGAAAAUAUCAAUUAUUAUGUCGUGUUGUCCGUUUUGAAUACUACCACUAUAUUGUUAUACAAAUAA